AUGCCACUGGGCUGCGUGACUGGUACCUCCGCCGCCGCCAGUAUCGGAUCGCCAGGAGACGAUCUACCGUCCCAAGGACAGAACCGCGCCCCUCUCGUUGCUAGCUUCUCGGGCCACCGCCAUGAGCUCCACGACUUGUUUCUCCUUGGCCGCUCGCUAGCCAGUGGAUGCCGCCCCGUCCCUUGCUUCUGCCUGUUCUGUGACACGCCUGGUGCUCGUUACACAUUUUCAUUUGAUACCCACGAGAACUCGAUACUUUCAUCACGAGCGCAGUCUGCCUUUGCUUCUACAGACGCUGGCCAUUUGACAGAGACUACUCCCCGAAUAAUCCAACCAACCCAACCAACUCAACCGACUCUGAAUCUCCGUCUGGAACGUCUGAUUCUCACUUUUUCACCACCAGCCUCAAUACAAUCCUUAUACGCAAAUUUAUAA